AUGGAAAAAACACCGCUCAACGUCGCCAUUAUCGGUGUCGGCCACCGUGGGUACAAGACGCAUUUCACCACCCUCUUCGCACACCCUCGGUCUUGGAAUGUGGUUGCCGUCUGUGACGCCGACGAUGCAGCGCGAAAGCGAUUCGCAAGCAAGCACCCCGACAUUAGCGCCUACAGUGACCUAGGGGAGUUGAUCAAGAAGCAUAAGCAUCAUUUACACUUUGCUGUGGUGUGUGUUCCGCAUCGCUUCCAUCUUCCUUGCUGCACAGCUCUCGCAGCGGCUGGCAUAGCGAUUCUUAAGGAAAAGCCCGUGGCAGAGUCGCUGGAAGAGUAUGAUCAUCUCCGCAAGCUUCCUGUCAAAAUUGGAGUCACUUUCCAGAAACGAUUCGAGCCACGAUACCUUGCUGUAGCCGAUCUCUUACAUCAUGUUGGCCAAGUUGCCUCUGUCACGGGUACACUGACAGCUAGCAUCGCGGACCUGGACGCUACCUGGAGAGCAGGUAGUGGCGUCGGCGUAACUGAGGACCUCGGCUGUCACAUGUUAGACAUGAUGGUGUCGCUCUUCGGUCGCCCAACGUCUGUCAUCGCGCGCAGUGCAGCAGGAGUACGCAUCGAACAGUCCUACAGUGGAGACGACGUUGCCAAUAUCAUCAUGAAUUUUGGCGAGGCGGCCCAACGCACGAUCGGACAUGUCCAUCUUUCGCGUGUCGCCCACAGAGACGAAGAAUCUUUGGUCAUCACCGGCACCAACGGUACCUUUACUCUAGAAGGCAAGGCCGUUAAGCUCAAGGAUGGCGUUGGAAACGAAAUAUUCAACUUCACUGACUCAUCAAGCAAGACGUCGCGAGUCAAGUCGAUGCUCCAAAAGUUUUCGGCCUGGGUGUCUGACAGCGCGCCGGACUUUCCCGCCUCGCUGGCAAGACUCGGAGAUACAGUCAGCGUCAUGGAAGCCAUCAGGAAUUCGUACAGCCACGCCAACGCCAACGAAAGUGUUGCGUCGUCUCAGAAGUCUCGUCAUCAGGCGUCCGAAGCAUCCCUAGACGGCGCGCAUCAUGUGUGGCCCUUGCUCUCCGCAGAGUCUGAGACGGCAGUUGUGGACCAGAUGCACAGGACACUGUCUAUCUACGACCGCUCGGAUAUCUACCAGGUAUUUGAAGACAGGUGGCGGCAGAUGCACAAUCUCAAGCACGCACUUGUCUGCAGCUCGGGCACUAUUGCCAUUUUACACAUGUUUGACGCCCUUGGCCUGUGCCCAGGCGAAGAGAUUCUCUGCCCGGUGUACACUUUUUUCGCGACGGCAUCGCCACUGCUGCAGUACGGAGCAGUCCCAGUGUUCUGUGAUGCACUGGAGGAUGGAAAUCUGGACCCAGCCGAGAUCCUCACCCGAGCGACACCCAAAACGAAAGCCAUCAUCGUCACGCACAUGUGGGGUCUGCCUUGUAGGAUGAAGGAAAUCGUGGAAAAUGCGCACAAGGUCGGAAUCAAAGUUCUUGAAGACUGCUCGCAUGCCCAUGGUGCCAUGGUGGACGGCAAGAUUGUCGGGUCAUGGGGUGAUAUGGCGGCCUGGUCUAUGCAGGCAAAGAAGAAUGUCAUGGGCGGACAGGCGGGUGUUAUGGGCACCAAUUCUACUGACUAUUACUCUCGCGCCAUCCUCCAUGGCCACUUUAACAGGCGAGCAAAGCAAGAAGUCCCUGCCGAUCACCCCCUACGCAAAUUCUGGUUGACGGGAAUCGGUCUCAACCUGCGGGCGCAUCCUCUUGCCAUCACACUAGCCAACCAGCAGCUGAACCUAUUUGAGCGCCACGAUUCCACGCGGCAAGCAUACGCAUCCUACAUGGCCAACGAGCUGAGCGCCAUCCCGUUUCUCAAGAUGCCCACCGUCAAGAAUUCGUCCCAGGACAAGCACGCCUGGUACGCGUUUGUGAUGCAGUUUGAGCCUUCCAAGGCGCCCCACGGCUUGAGCCGUGACAAGUUUGUCCGCGUUCUGAAAGACGAGCACGGCCUGAAGGAAGUGGACAUUCCCAUGUCUACCGGUCUUCUGCACGACUUGCCGCUUUUUACGAGCCCGCACGAAGCGAUUCCGCGAUACGGCGACUCGCCCUGGUACGAAGCGCAGCCAACGUCCGAGUUUCCCAAGGCCAAGCUCUUCUAUGAUCAGGCCAUCAAGCUGCCGGUCUGGUCUACCGAUACCGACAGCGCCAUUGUGGCCAAAUAUGUAAAGUCUUUUUUGGCAGCGGCAAGCUCCCUGUCCAGCGGGGAACGCUACGAAGAUCGCAGUGCCCGACGUCAGGGUCCCCAGCCUCGACUGUAA